CCAUGGGAUCCCAAACACCCCAGCUUCACUUUGUCUUGUUCCCUCUCAUGGCACAAGGCCAUAUGAUUCCAAUGGUUGAUAUGGCCAGAAUGUUGGCACAGCGAGGUGUUACCAUAACCAUUUUCACCACACCAUUCAACGCCGCCCGUUUCAAAUCAGUCCUUGAUCGUGCCAUUGAAAUGGGGCUUCAAAUUCGAGUAAUCGAACUGAAGUUUCCAUGUCAAGAGGCAGGACUACCCGAGGGGUGUGAGAACUUCGACAUGCUACCUUCACCCGACUUGGCCUUCAAUUUCUACAACGCAACAGCUAUGCUACAAGAGCAAGUAGAGAGGCUGUUCCCGGAGCUCACACCAAAGCCAAAUUGCAUAAUCGCUGACUUGUGCUUGCCUUACACAAACAACAUUGCUAACAUGUUUGAUGUGCCAAGAAUAAGUUUCCAUGUGCAUUGUUGCUUUUCACUCUUGUGUAUGUACAACUUAGGUGUUCAUUACAAGGUGCUUGAGAGAGUAACCUCCGAUUCGGAGUACUUCAUUGUUCCAGGUAAUUUGCCUGAUCGGAUCGAGGUUACCAAAGCUCAGAUACCAGGAGCAUUGCUUCCAAACUUGAAGGAUUUCAUGGUCGGUAUGGGAGCAGCUGAGAGGUCCUCAUACGGUUCCAUUGUGACCACUUACGAAGAACUCGAGGGACCAUAUGUUCAUGAGUACAAAAAUGCAACAAAAAAGAACCAUCUCUGGUCUAUAGGUCCAACCUUCUUGAGUAACCAAGAUGACUUGGAAAGAGGUAAGAAGUCCGCAAUUGAUAAUAAUCAAUGUUUGAAGUGGCUGGAUUCCUGGGAACCAAACUCUGUGCUCUAUGUUUGCCUUGGAAGCCUAUGUAAUGUGAUGCCUUUACAACUCAUGGAGCUUGGCUUGGGGUUAGAAGAGUCAAAGAAGCCAUUUAUUUGGGUUUUAAAGGAUGGAAGAACAUCAAAAGAAUUGGAUGAGUUGCUUUUGAAAGAUGGAUUUGAGGAAAGAAACAAAGAAAGAGGCCUUCUGAUCAGGGGUUGGGCACCUCAAGUGUUGAUAUUGUCACACCAAUCAACUGGAGGGUUUAUAACACAUUGUGGAAUGAGUUCAUAUCUUGAAGCAGUAGCUGCCGGGGUUCCCAUGGCUACUUGGCCACUAUUUGGUGAUCAAUUUUUUGCUGAGCAUCUUCUUGUGACAGUUCUUAAAAUUGCUGUAAGAAUUGGGGUGCCAAAACCACUGAACUGGGGAGAGGAAGAGAAGACUGGGAUAUUGGUGUACAAGGAAAAUGUGAAGGUUGCCAUAGAAAUAUUAAUGGAUGAAGGGAAAACAGGCCAAGAGAGAAGAGAGAGGGUUGGGGAGCUUUCAAUUUUGGCAAAGAGAGCUGUUCAAGAAGGGGGUUCAUCUUAUGCCAACAUUACAAAUUUAAUCCAACAUUUCAUGCAAUUAUGAAU